UAAAGUAGGCUUGCAAAUUUCUGUGCCCCUAAAGUCAGUCGUAACUUCAAAAAUAGGCAGGGAAAAUGUAUUAUAUUUUGUUUCUGACAUUAUUUCAGGCUUUACAAAUAAACAAUGGGAUGCAUGUAGGACAGUAUCCAGAAGAAGUUGAAAAGAGAGCUGAGGAUAAAUACGAUGAACCAGAUGUUCAAAAGUUAGAUGUCGACUUUACUGAGGAUGAAUUGUCCCUUGCUCUGAGCAACUUAUUUUCAAACGAAUUGGACAUAUUGAAGAGCGCAAUAGUGGAAAACCAUAACCAAAAACGUGAAGCCUCAUAUGAUGUGCCAGAAGAAACAAAACAUUUUAAGCCGCAACGUCAUAAACUUUCUCGCAAAGGCUUCAUUAAAUCCGAGUCGGUUGAUCCCGUUCAAAGAAUCCAUCAAGACAUAGCAUCUUUAAGGAAGGAAUCGCAAAAACGAGCAGAAACAAAAUUGAACUCAAAAGUGAUACGCAAGAAACGAGAGGGUGCGGAUCCAAGCAAAAGUCGCAAAUGCAUACUACCUUUGUUUUAUUUCAAGAAGACUUCAUCAUCAAAACAAGCAAACAAGAAUGCAUCUACAGAUGGACAAUACAUAAAAUUACUUGAGGAUUCAUUCCCGAAUGAACCCGAAAGCAGUGCAAUCAAAAGCGACCAAAUUCUGGUGAGAGUUAAAAGAGUAGCUUAGAUAGCAGA